CCCCCGCGACUCCGUCAGUUUCGUUUUCACUUUUCAACUCGCACCAUCAUCCCCCCCCGCCACGCGCCUCGGGCCCCCCAGCUCCGUCACGCACCCCCCAGCGACCCCCCCAUGGCUGCGCUGCGGAUCAGCCCCCAGGCCGAGGCCCAGGUGGAUUCCUUCCGGACCCAGCUCUGUGCCCAGGCUGAAGCGCUGGUUGGGACCCGGUUCCCCAGUAAGAUAACUCAGCUGGAUGCUUUCCUCAAGGACCCGGCGCUGAACGUGGGGGACUUUGAGUCCCUGCGGGCUCCGCUCGACAUCCCCAUCCCUGACCCUGCCAAGGAGAAGGCAAAAGCCGAGCGCCGCAAGAAGGAAGAAAAGAAGGAAGAGAAGAAAGACGAGAAGAAGUCGGAGGAGGAGGAUAAAGCGCCCCCCUGUGGCCCCGUGAGCAGCAACGAGACGGUUGUGGGGCUGGUGAGCCGAGUGAAAGCCGAGAUCCAGGGCGCCAAGGAGGAGCUGGGGCUGGUCUCUGUCUGGGUUCAACUCCAGGUGCCCCGUAUCGAAGACGGCAACAAUUUUGGGGUCGCAGUCCAGGAGAAGGUGUUUGAGCUGAUGACGGCCUUGCGGACGAAGCUGGAAGGAUUUCAGACCCAGAUCUCCAAGUAUUUUUCCGAGAGAGGCGACGCAGUGGCUAAAGCGGCCAAAAAUCCUCACGUGGGUGAUUACCGGCAGCUGGUGCACGAAUUGGACGAGGCGCAAUACGCUGAGAUCCGGCUGAUGGUGAUGGAAAUCCGGAACCUCUACGCCAUUCUCUACGACAUUGUGGUCAAGAACUUCGAGAAGAUCAAGAAGCCACGGGGCGAAACCAAAGGCAUGAUCUACUGAGUGACCUUUCACCUCCGGCCUCCACCAAUCACAGGGCGAGUUGGGAAGAGAGGCAAAGGCGGGAUUCCUGUCUCGCCGCCUGCUGCUGAUCAGAAAAAUAGAGCUUUAGGGGUUUCGCGGCCGGUUUUGAUUUAAAAAAAAAAAGAAAGAAAGAAAAGGCAACAAAAUGCCAAAAAUUUGCAAAAUGGAAAAUGUUCGAGGUUGUUGGGAAAUUAAGGAAAUGAAACUUUGUUUGCCAGAAAAGGAAACUGAACGGCCCCAAACAAACCUGUGAAAUCAUUUUAAAGAUGCAAAAAAAAUUAAGGACUUAAAAAAAAAAA